AUGGCUUUAGCCGGGCUCUGCGCCCUGCUCGCCUGCUGUUGGGGGCCGGCGGCGGUGCUGGCCACGGCCGCAGGCGACGGGGAUCCCUCCAAGGAGCUGGAGUGCAAGCUCAAGAGCAUCACGGUGUCGGCGCUGCCCUUCCUGCGCGAGAACGACCUGAGCAUCAUGCACAGCCCCUCGGCCUCCGAGCCCAAGCUGCUCUUCUCGGUGCGCAACGACUUCCCGGGCGAAAUGGUCGUGGUGGACGACCUGGAGAACACGGAGCUGCCCUACUUCGUGCUGGAGAUCUCGGGGAACACAGAGGACAUCCCUCUGGUGCGCUGGAGGCAGCAGUGGCUGGAGAACGGCACUUUGCUUUUCCACAUCCAUCACCAAGAUGGUGCUCCGAGCCUCCCCGGACAAGACCCAACCGAAGAGCCCCAGCACGAGUCGGCGGAAGAGGAGCUGAGGAUCCUGCACAUCUCGGUCAUGGGUGGCAUGAUCGCGCUGCUGCUGUCCAUCUUGUGCCUGGUGAUGAUCCUGUACACCCGCCGCCGCUGGUGUAAACGCCGCCGGGUGCCCCAGCCCCAGAAGAGCGCCAGCGCCGAGGCGGCCAACGAGAUCCAUUACAUCCCCUCGGUGCUGAUCGGUGGGCAUGGGCGGGAGAGCCUGCGCAAUGCCCGCGUGCAGGGCCACAACUCCAGUGGCACCCUGAGCAUCCGGGAGACACCCAUCCUGGACGGCUAUGAGUACGACAUCACCGACCUGCGCCACCACCUGCAGCGCGAGUGCAUGAACGGAGGGGAGGACUUCGCCAGCCAGGUCACCCGCACCCUGGACUCGCUGCAGGGCUGCAACGAGAAGGCAGGCAUGGACCUCACACCAGGCAGUGACAAUGCCAAGCUGUCACUGAUGAACAAGUACAAAGAUAACAUCAUCGCCACCAGCCCCGUGGACUCCAACCACCAGCAGGCCACUCUGCUGUCCCAUACGUCCAGUAGCCAGAGGAAGCGGAUCAACAACAAAGCCAGAGCUGGUUCCGCCUUCCUGAACCCUGAAGGGGAUUCCGGCACAGAGACAGAAAACGACCCGCAGCUGACCUUCUACACCGACCCCUCGCGGAGCCGGAGGCGCAGUAGAGUGGGCUCUCCCCGCAGUCCCGUCAACAAGACCACCCUGAUGCUGAUCAGCCUCACCAGCUGUGUCAUCGGCCUCGUCUGCUCCUCUCAUGUCAGCUGCCCUCUCGUCGUCAAAAUCACCCUGCACGUCCCUGAGCACCUGAUCGCGGAUGGGAGCCGCUUCAUCUUGCUGGAGGGGAGCCAGCUGGACGCCAGUGACUGGCUGAACCCGGCCCAAGUGGUCCUCUUCUCUCAGCAGAACUCCAGUGGGCCCUGGGCCAUGGACCUCUGUGCCCGGCGGCUGCUGGACCCCUGUGAACACCAAUGCGACCCCGAAACUGGGGAGUGCCUCUGCUACGAAGGGUACAUGAAGGACCCAGUACACAAGCACCUUUGCAUCCGGAAUGAAUGGGGGACAAACCAGGGGCCUUGGCCUUACACGAUAUUCCAGCGAGGCUUUGACCUGGUUUUGGGAGAACAGCCUUCUGAUAAAAUAUUCAGAUUCACCUACACCCUUGGGGAGGGCAUGUGGCUGCCCCUCAGCAAGAGUUUUGUGAUCCCGCCCGCCGAGCUGGCCAUCAACCCCUCAGCAAAGUGCAAGACGGACAUGACCGUGAUGGAGGACGCUGUGGAGGUCAGGGAGGAGCUGAUGACCUCGUCCUCCUUCGACAGCCUGGAGGUGCUCCUGGAUUCCUUCGGGCCCGUGCGGGACUGCAGCAAGGACAACGGGGGCUGCAGCAAGAACUUCCGCUGCAUCUCGGACCGCAAGCUGGACUCCUCUGGCUGUGUGUGCCCGUCGGGACUCAGCCCCAUGAAGGACAGCUCUGGCUGCUACGACCGCCACAUCGGGGUGGACUGUUCCGACGGCUUCAAUGGCGGCUGCGAGCAGCUGUGUCUCCAGCAGGUGGCGCCCUUCCCGGACGACCCCGCUGUGUACAACAUCCUCAUGUUCUGUGGGUGCAUUGAGGAUUACAAGCUGGGUGUGGAUGGACGCUCCUGCCAGCUCAUCGCGGACACCUGCCCCGAGGGAGGAGACUGCGGGGAGAGCCGGGAGCUGCCCAUGAACCAGACCCUCUUUGGGGAGAUGUUCUUUGGCUACAACAACCAUUCCAAGGAAGUGGCCCCGGGGCAAGUGCUGAGAGGCAUGUUCAGGCAAAACAACUUUGUUCGGGGUUUAGACCAGCAGCUGCCAGAUGGUCUUGUGGUGGCCACGGUGCCCCUGGAGAACCAGUGCCUGGAGGAAAUCUCGGAGCCCACCCCCGACCCUGACUUUCUGACUGGCAUGGUGAACUUCAGCGAGGUUUCCGGGUACCCCGUGCUGCAGCACUGGAAGGUGCGGUCUGUGAUGUACCACGUCAAACUCAACCACGUGACCAUCUCUCAGGCCCUCAGCAACGCCCUUCACUCCCUCGACGGGGCGACAUCUCGUGGGGAUUUUGUGGCCUUGUUGGACCAGUUUGGCAACCAUUACAUCCAGGAAGCUGUCUACGGCUUUGAGGAGUCCUGCUCCAUCUGGUACCCAAACAAGCAGGUCCAGCGGCGGCUCUGGCUGGAAUAUGAAGACAUCAGCAAAGGCAACUCCCCCUCCGACGAGUCGGAGGAGCGGGAGAGGGACCCCAAGGUGCUGACGUUCCCGGAGUACAUCGCCAGCCUGUCGGAGUCCGGCACCAAGCGCAUGGCGGCUGGGGUGCGCAUGGAGUGCCAGAGCAAGGGGCGCUGCCCCUCCUCCUGCCCCUUGUGCCACGUGACCUCCAGCCCGGACACGCCCGCCGAGCCGGUGCUGCUGGAGGUGACCCGGGCGGCCCCCAUCUAUGAGCUGGUGACCAACAACCAGACCCAGAGGCUCUUGCAGGAGGCCACCAUGAGCUCUCUGUGGUGCUCCGGGACAGGCGACGUCAUCGAGGACUGGUGCCGCUGCGACUCCACGGCCUUCGGAGCUGACGGGCUCCCCACCUGCGCGCCUCUCCCACAGCCCGUGCUGAGACUGUCCACGGCUCACGAGCCCAGCAGCACCCUCGUGGUCCUGGCGUGGGAGCACUCGGAGCCCCCCAUCGGUGUCCAGAUUGUGGACUACCUCGUCCGCCAGGAGAAGGUCACCGACAGGCUGGACCACUCCAAAGUGGAGACAGAAACGGUGCUGAGCUUCGUGGAUGACGUCAUCUCGGGCGCGAAGUCCCCUUGUGCCAUGCCCUCGCAGGUGCCCGACAGGCAGCUCGCCACCAUCUCGCUCAUCAUCCGCUGCCUGGAGCCCGACACCAUCUACAUGUUCACCCUGUGGGGCGUGGACAACACGGGACGGCGCUCCCGCCCCAGCGACGUGAUCGUCAAGACCCCUUGCCCCGUGGUGGACGAUGUUAAAGCACAAGAAAUAGCGGACAAGAUCUACAACCUCUUCAAUGGCUACACCAGCGGGAAGGAGCAGCAGACGGCCUACAACACCCUCCUGGACCUGGGCGCCCCCACCCUCCACCGCGUCCUCUACCACUACAACCUGCACUACGAGGGCUUCGGAGAGUUCACCUGGCGGUGUGAGGACGAACUGGGACCCAGGAAAGCCGGCCUCAUCCUCUCGCAGCUCGGGGACCUCAGCGGCUGGUGCAACGGGCUCCUUCAGGAGCCCAAGAUAAGCCUGCGACGCAGCUCCCUCAGGUACCUGGCCUGCCGCUACAGCGAGAUCAAGCCCUACGGACUCGAAUGGUCGGAGCUGAGCCAGGACCUCAGGAAGACGUGCGAGGAGCAGACCCUGAGUGUCCCCUACAAUGACUACGGGGACAGCAAGGAUAUCUAGCACGAUGCUGCCACCAGGAAGCACGAGCGAGGAAGGGACAUCUGAGUUGGUUGGUGAUUUUUACUAUUUUUUAAUGGAACGUUAAAACCUCCACAGGUGACAUGUGAACCAGGGAGAGACGGACCCUUGUCCCCUGCGGGGUUUCUCUGCCACGUUGCUCCCCAUCAGCACAGCCAGACACCUGCCAGCGGCUCCACGCAGACCCAUUGUUUCAGGGGGUUACUCUGGGGCUUGUUUUGCAGCUGACUUGUUGAUUUUGUUUUUCCCAAGAUGUUCAUCAAAAUGCUCCCAAGUUCUGUCACACUUCCCGUGAAAGACCCAUCAGGUUGGAGCACCCUGGGCUCCCGAGUUCCUGAGUCUGUUACAGCUGGGGACGGAGCCGUCCACCCAGCCUCAGGCCCCAGACCCAGGACGCACUUCGUCCUGGGAGCCCUUGGGAGCCAAGCCCAGCCCGGAGAAAGACGCGGCAAUUGGGAAGGCGGCCCCUUUGCUGACGCCACACCGGACAGGUCGCUGUCCUCCCCUCCUGUCAUCUUUAAGGGGCACAAAGUGCCACUGUCCAGAGCACCUUCAGAGUGCGCUACCUAGGAGACCAGUUUGAGGUCCACAUUCCAGAAAAGAGUGGGAUUGUUUAAAAAAAAACAAAACAGCCCCUGCCCCGAGGAGGGGCGCCUCCCCCGCCCGGACCCCAGUCUGCACUGUGCUCCCCCUCCUCCCCGGUGUCCGCACCGCUCGCCCUGGGCUGCGCUGGUGUCCACGAGCGGCCCACCCGCCACGGCAGUGUUGCAGCGCCCGAAGUGACUGCUGAUCACGCAGAACUCCCGCCCUCACCUGCCCCUCGAAAUUCACUUCAUCACAUCUUCAGUCUCACACGUCAUUUCUCUGGAAGAGCGGCGGUGGGAGGACCCGCACCUUCACCCCCGCCCAGCUGCCGGGAGUCAGAGACUCUGCAGGUGAGCCCCACGGACUUCAGCGAGGGGCCGCCUGCUGCCCGAGGGUCUGCGUGGGCGCCAGUGGGGUCCGGCCCACAGGCAACCCGGCCUUCUGGAAAGCCCUUUGCAGGUGGGCCAGUGACGGCCCUCACUGUCCCCGCCCACCUCAGAGGCCUGAGCGCCCACUCAGCACCCUGCCUUUGACCAGGCCCCUCAUUUGGAAAUGCAAGAGAAAGGCCAGGAAGCGGAUGGAAGGUCUACAAGGCCGGUGGCUGGGCUACACGGAUGUUUUCUAAAUGUCAGCGAUGACAAGGCCACGUCACCGAGGGCUCAUCGAGUGCAGGUGCUGCCCAUGCCUCCGAGUGUCAGUCCCAACUCCGGCUCAGUGACAAGGAAACCCAGGUAGAGAGGCCGCAGGCCUCGCCCCAGAUGCCCCACUGUCUGAGCCGCCGUGCACACUCAGGCCGCCACGUCCAGAGCACAAGUGCUCAGCACCGCCGCCCCGGCCUGUCCUCAGCCUUGAUCCCAGGGCAGCCGGCUGCCCCCACUGUAAGCUCCACGGGGUCCUGCCCAGAGAGCCUUCCCUUCCCCACGCCGCCAGGGUGUCAAUAUGCCCCCGUGGGCAGGAGGAGGAGCCCAGGGUGCCCUUCACUCUCCCGCUGGAGCGCCUUCGGGAUGGUGGGCUCUGUCCACAGGCGUCCCCACCAGGGCCAGGAGUGAAGCCUGGGCUAGGGCAGCCCUCACGCCCUCUCUGCAUCUGUCCAUGGAGAGAGUGACAGGUUUCCCUCCUGCUAGGGGCCCCCCUGCCUCAGAGACCACCCUCCCAAAUCCAGUGUGAAGGCUGCAGAAAAUGGGCCUCCCACCUCUGGUCCAUGCAGAGCCUCGGCUGCGAUACCCCGGGGGCAGUGUCCACCAUCACCAGGGAGGGAGAUGCCCUGGGCAGCAGGACACCCACCAGUGGGGCGGCGAGCUGAGGCCGGCUUCGCUGCUGCCACUGCGUCCUGUUCUCUAGGGAAGUCCGCGCAGGAAACCAGGGUGCCCAGGGGGCUGUCCCCCCCCCACACCGGGGGUGGGCGAGGUGAGGACAGGAAGUGGCACAGGGUCACCCUUUUCUGGUCUCCUCCUUCUGUUUUAGUAAUAUAGACGAGGUUCACUGUGGCCAGCUCCCCCUAAGUCCCCGCACCUCCUUGGCACCUGCUUUAUCUUUGCUUCUCCCGCCCGGGACCCCCCCUUCCUCCCCCAUGACUCUCUUCCACCCGUGUCCCUUGUGCCCUCCUCACAGCACACACUGCCCCCCACACUAUACACACUCCCACAUACAUGCACACUACACACACACGCCCCACGUACACACUGUAUCAACCCUAACAGCUGGGACCCAUCUACUUCCCGGUUAAAAGUAAGGCCAGUGAGAAUGGGGUGGGACAGCUCUUAGGGUCCCCUGGGGACUGGACUAGAGGGUUUGUGCCACCACCAGCACACCCCAGUGACACUGACCGGAGCCCACCCCAAGGAGACUCGGGGGGUGGUACUGGGCCAGUAUUAACCCUCGUGUCCAAGCUGCCACACGGGUUGCAGGGGCGUUGAGUCGCGUCUCUGCAGCACGUGCCCCCGAGUGGACGGGCCCAGAGCUCUCCUGAGAGUGCAGCCAUUUCCCAUGGAGUGUGGGCGGCUCCUGACUUCUAGUUAACCUUGUUCCUCAAUAUUCCAAUGUUCUGUUAAAAAACUGAGUGUGAAAAAAACACUUUACCACCAUAGAAGAGAGAGGACAUAAUGUGACCACCUUCGGGUACAGCAGUAUUGUAUGAUUAUUACAAAAUGGAAUAAUCAACUAAAUAAAAAACGAGCCGUUAGUAAGUGUCGGGUGUGUGGGCGUUACCUUGUGUCUAAAUCAUCUGCGUCUGGUUGGACCUCGGGAAGCGUUCCAGCUUUAAAUGUGAGAUCGCAAGCACGGAGGCCUUGCAGCCGGGCCUCGGACUGGGGGGAAAAAAUACUGAACAGCAAAGGACAAACUUACACUCUUGCUGUGCAGUGACGACUCCCCCGUCUCCCUGCCACCUUCUCCAAGAGCAGGCCGAAGAAACUGAGCGCGUAUAUGUGGCCAUCCGGGCACCAGGCACUGUCGGAGAUGCCCCGGUGGGUAGGACAAGCUUGUUCUCCAUCACAGAGCACGGCAUUGUACCGGGAGAGAGAGACACUGAACCCAUCAUGGCAAAAGUCAUGAGAACCACGACAGGAGUUCGGGAUGUAUGGACGCUGCUGAGAUGGAGGCUUUGGGCAUCUGAGGAAAUGGUUGCCAAGGCCCCUUCGGCCACGCUCCAGUUGGCCGUUCUGCGGAGGCCGGAUGUUAGGAAAUGCCGCACGGUGCGUAGCCCGCUCGGCCCUCUUUUCCCUCCCUACCAGGUAACUUCACAGACACUACGCUGCUCCCUUCUCCACCCGUAACCCACGUGACAUGCCCACACCCUUAGCAGGCCCCCUUGAAAAGGACUGUGAGGGGCCUAGUCUCCGUGCAAGCGGGGACCCCUUACUGAAGGGAGGCGAAGACCAUGGCAGCGCGGCCAUGAAGCCUCUGACCCCGCCCAUCUAGGGGUGUGUUCUCCUGGCUUCCCCUUGAAUCGGGGCAGGUGCAAGACCAGCUCACCAACGCAUUAUGAUCACAGUGACACUGUGACUCCCGAGUCUGAAUCACAAAAGGCCUUGGGGUGUCCGCCUUCUCUGGAGCUCUUGCUCUUGGACCUCCCAGUCACCACUGAAGAAAUCUGAGGCCACCAUUGUGGGGCCAUCAUGCUGGAGAGGUGACACGUGAGCUCAGUGGAGCCCAGCCAUCUGGACACUCCUGCUGAGGCAGCUGACACACAGAGCUAUGCUGGACGCUCCAGACAAGUCCCCGUGCCAGCUGCAGGCCACCCAGCAGCCUCUAUCAACGCCACAUGAAAGAGAAGGCUCACCCAGCCAGCCCCAACCUGAACUCUGACCCCCAAAACUAUGCAGCAUAAUAAAACGGUUAUUGUUGUUUAAGGUCAAGGUGAGCUGAACA